AUGACCCUUAGCUCGGAGAUGUCCGAGGCGUCGACUCUGGCUGAGGAGACCGACAUCGAUGUAGUGGGCGAGGAAGACGACGAGGAGGACGACGAGGAGCCGCGGACCCGCCGCCGCCGCCGCUCCUACGCCGAGGAUGAGGAGGAGGACGAGGACGACGACGAGGAAGAGGACGAGGAGGAUGUGGGCGACCUCCACGCCGCCGCCCUGCUGCCGCGGUCGCCCGUGCGCGGCGGAGGCGUAGGUGGCGGCGGCGGGGCGGGCGGCGGGGACGCUGCCGGUGGCUCUCGGCCCCCCUCGCGGGGUGGCCCGCAGAAGGCGACGGCGGGCGGCGGCGGGGCGGGCGGCGGCGGGGCGGGCAGCGGCGGCGGCAAGAACAGCCUCGUGAAGCCGCCCUACUCCUACAUCGCUCUCAUCACCAUGGCCAUCCUGCAGAGCCCCAAGAAGAGGCUGACGCUGAGUGAGAUCUGCGAGUUCAUCAGCGGGCGCUUUCCCUACUACCGGGAGAAGUUCCCUGCGUGGCAGAACAGCAUCCGCCACAACCUCUCCCUCAAUGACUGCUUCGUCAAGAUCCCCCGGGAGCCCGGCAACCCUGGCAAGGGCAACUACUGGACGCUUGACCCCGAAUCCGCCGACAUGUUCGACAACGGGAGCUUCCUGCGCCGCCGAAAGCGCUUCAAGCGGCAGCAGCUCCCGGCGCCCGAGCUUCUGCUGCGCGCCGUGGACCCCGCCGCCUUCCUCCCGCAGCCUCCGCCGCAGCCCCCGCAGCAGCCGCCCUGCGCCUACGGACCCUACGGCUGCGGCUACGGUCUCCAGCUCCAGCCUUACCACCCCCACUCCGCCCUCUUCGCCUUCCACCACCCCUCUCCGCCGCCCCGCCAGCCCCCUGCCGCCCCCGGUAGCGCCCCCGGUGCGGCGCUGCCCCCCGCCGCCGCCGCGCCGCCGGGCCCCUUGCUGCCGGCGGCGGAGCUGGCACGGACGCCCUUCGGCUACGCGCACCCGCUGGGCCCGGCGCUGGCGGCCUCGCUGCACUCCGCCAAGCCCGGCAGCGGCGCGGCGCUGGCCCGCUCGCCCUUCUCCAUCGAGAGCAUCAUCGGGGGAAGCCCCGGCCCCGGCCCCGGCGCGGGCAGCAGCUGCGGCUCGCAGUCGACCGCGGCGCCGGGGCUGGCCCGCUCGCUGGGGAGCGCCGGGAGCGGCCUGCCCCCCGCCGCCGCCCUGCCCGCCACCCCCGGCUUCGCGGCACGGAUUUCUAACUGUUAA